GCUUGAAUUAAUAUAAAAAUGAGCAAUCACUGAGACGACUGCCUUUUGUUCUUUAAGUUCAAUGAUAACUGUCCUAUUCUUACUUGGGACAAGUUUUCAGAAAUGCCUUUGCAAUAUUUGAUAAGCCUUGAAAUGGCACUGACCAGUGCACAGCUGUAUUUCGAUUUAUUAUAAUUAUGCUUAACUUUGCAAGAACAAAAUGGAAUCGGAUCCACCUAGGAGCGAUCUACGCAUUCAUACUAUUAUCAUCUGAAUUGAUUUUGAAACCUUUCUUCCAGCAGCCAAGACCAGAAGGAUCUUGCAUUGAUGGAUACGGGUUUCCUUCAGGUCAUGCUACCAGCUCAGCAAUAAUAAUAAUAUUUAUUCUAACCUUGUACUCUAAGGGAUGGAUCAGAUCUCGCUUGUUCGUGACUGUUUACAUUCUUCUGAUGCUAAACCAAUCCUACAGUAGGAUUUACUUGAACUAUCAUUCAGUCGAACAGGUCAUAUCAGGUUUCAUGAUUGGGUUGGUCUCCAGUCUUCUUCUGUUGGAGCAUCUACCUAUCUCUGAGAAUAUGUACAUGAAGUCUGACAAUGGAUGGAGCACAGAGCUAAAGGUAUGCAGGGUUCGGGCUAUCAUAAUCCAGACUUUUAUAAUUUGAGGUUGACUUCUUCAUCCUCUCCUCACUGCAUGGCUACACUAGAUUCAUCAAUAACUUUUGGAUACAUUGGACUUCCUACACUCCUCUAGUGUUGAAGUAUCAUGCCAAUAACUUUAAGUCACAAUGGCGUUAUUAAGAAUAAAACAAAAUUUAUUGAUCUGAUUCUUCCUGCAGUGCACAAUUAAGUCUGGUUUAUUUAUUGAACAACUGAGAAUUUGGCAGUAGAAGUCCUACAGUAAUUAGACUAUUUUAGGAGAAUUUA